AUGCUUGGCGGAUUUAAUCCAUAUCAACCAUGUUGGGAUACAAUCAAUGAUAAAGAUGAUUUUAAUAUAAAUAGCUCAGCUAAAACUCAUAUAAUUAAUCCAUUGGAAACAGAAGCUGAACGAAGUAUUCGUACACGUACUGUUACACCAGUUGUAACUGGUUCAUCAGUUGCUGCAUUUACUUUUAAAGAUGGUGUUAUAUUAGCUGCUGAUAUUCUUGGUUCAUAUGGUUCAUUAGCUAAAUAUCGAAAUCAUCCACGUAUUCAUCAAGUUAAUGAUAAAACUGUUCUUGCCGUUAGUGGUGAUUUAUCUGAUGCUGAUUAUAUAAAAGAAGCGAUUGAUACUAAAGUAGACGAAGAUCUUGUUCAAGAAGAUGGUGGUGAAAUGACACCAUUAGCACUUUAUUCUUGGUGUACAAGACUUAUGUAUCAUCGAAGAACAAAAUUCAAUCCAUUAUUAACAAGUAUCAUUGUAGCAGGAAUGGAAAAUAAAGAACCAUUUCUUGGACGUAUUAAUGAUAAAGGUUCAGCCUAUAAAGAAUUUUUAAUUAUGACUGGCAUUGGAAAUCAUUUAGCUCAAGGUUGGAUACGAACUAUAUUAGAAAAUUCAAAUAAACUUAAUAAAGAUCAAGCUGAACAAUUAAUGGAUAGAAUAAUUAAACAACUUUUUUAUCGUGAUUGUCGUGCAUUUGCUCGUUAUCGCGUUUGUAUUGUUACAAAUGAUGGUGUCGAAUUUAAAGCUAAAGAAGUUCAACCUGAUUGGAGUCUUGCACCACUUCUUCGAAAUACAGAAUAA